CCGCAUGCAUUUGCGUGAACCUGAGCGUUCGCCUCCCUCUGUCUUCGCCCCCUCUUCCCUUUCACCCCUUCUUCGCGGACGUCGCACCUUGUGCUCGCCGCACCCAGACCGGCCACCUGAGCCUGGGUGUGGGGCAGAACAGCCGGGAGCUUCCAAGCCGGGGAAGGCGCGUUAGAUGAGGGGCUUUUUGUUUUUGUUUUCCCGCUGAGGAAGCAGAAAGUCCCUUUCAAAUCAUUCUAGACCGCCAAGUAAAACUGUAAAACCUAUACUCUUUUCCUUCCCUUCAACCCAUUACUAUCAAAAAGAAUAAAUCCCCCCCCCACCAAUACUCGUUGAUUAGGAGCCAGAGCAGCUGCAGCAUAGGUGGGCCUGAAGGGCAAGUUCAGGACAUUCCCGGAGCCCAACUGGGAAAUCAGUCUAGGAGGAAGGGCAUUGUUCAUUCAUUUAUGCUUCCAGCAAACAUUUGUUUGUCUGCACGGGCCCUGCGUUGGGGAUACCAAGUCAACAGCUGCUGGAGCGUGAGCCUUACCCCGGGUUCCCUUUCCCAGCACCUGCCCCUCCUCCCGAGUGCUGGUAGCUCCUCCUCCUCGCACCUGCCCGAAGAUCUCAGGACAGAGGGCAAUGCCAGGAAGCUGGUGAAGGCUUUCUUCUCCUCCUCCACCAUGGUCGACGGUGUUAAGUAUGAAGCGGCCUCCCAGCAUGAGAGGGAUGCCUCCCCUUUGGCCGAUAAAGCCAGCCCCAGGUCGGAGCAGGUAAAACUGAAGAAGGAGAUCUCGCUGCUGAACGGCGUGUGCCUGAUUGUGGGGAACAUGAUUGGCUCGGGCAUCUUUGUCUCCCCCAAAGGCGUGCUCAUAUACAGCGCCUCCUUUGGCCUCUCCCUGGUCAUCUGGGCUGUCGGGGGCCUCUUCUCCGUCUUUGGGGCCCUUUGUUAUGCGGAAUUGGGCACCACCAUUAAGAAAUCUGGGGCCAGCUACGCCUACAUCCUCGAGGCCUUCGGGGGACUCCUUGCCUUCAUCCGACUCUGGACCUCCCUCCUCAUCAUCGAGCCCACCAGCCAGGCCAUCAUUGCCAUCACCUUUGCCAACUACAUGGUGCAGCCCAUCUUCCCGAACUGCUUAGCCCCCUACGCUGCUGGCCGCCUGCUGGCUGCUGCCUGCAUCUGUCUCUUAACCUUCAUUAACUGUGCCUACGUCAAGUGGGGAACCCUCGUACAAGAUGUUUUCACCUAUGCAAAAGUAUUGGCGCUGAUCGCUGUCAUCAUCGCAGGCGUUGUUAGACUUGGCCAGGGAGCCUCGACUCACUUUGAAAAUUCCUUUGAGGGUUCAUCAUUUUCAAUGGGCAACAUUGCUCUGGCACUGUACUCGGCUCUGUUCUCCUACUCGGGCUGGGAUACCCUCAAUUAUGUCACCGAAGAGAUCAAGAAUCCUGAGAGGAAUCUGCCCCUCUCCAUUGGCAUUUCCAUGCCCAUUGUCACCAUCAUCUACAUCUUAACCAAUGUGGCCUAUUACACCGUGCUCGACAUGAGAGACAUCCUGGCCAGCGAUGCUGUUGCUGUGACAUUUGCAGACCAGAUUUUUGGAAUGUUCAACUGGACCAUUCCAGUGGCGGUUGCAUUAUCCUGCUUUGGUGGCCUCAAUGCCUCCAUUGUGGCUGCGUCUAGGCUUUUCUUUGUGGGCUCAAGAGAAGGCCACCUCCCUGAUGCCAUCUGCAUGAUUCAUGUUGAGCGGUUCACACCAGUGCCGGCUCUGCUCUUCAAUGGUCUCAUGGCGCUGAUCUACCUGAGUGUGGAGGACAUCUUCCAGCUCAUUAACUACUACAGCUUCAGCUACUGGUUCUUCGUGGGACUCUCUAUCGUGGGUCAGCUUUAUCUGCGCUGGAAGGAGCCUGAUAGGCCUCGUCCUCUCAAGGUAGGACCUCUCCACCUCACCUCUGCUGCACCCACUCCAGGGGAUUCUUACCUUUAUUCAGAAACCUUUGCCCGGAACUUGAGGGUGGUUCCGAGUCGAGAGAAAGGGGAUGACAAGAACACUCAGUGCUCUGUUCACAGGAGGUGGGGUUGUCCUGGCUGUCCACCCUGAGCCGUCUAACCUCCACUUGUUUCUUCU